CCAGGGACCCAAUGGGCGCUGAAAUACAUUUUAUACAGUGAGUAAGUAGUAAGCUAGCUAUAUUUUCUUCACAAAUCCCGGGAGUGGAACCUUUUGCACCAAUAAACACAGAGAUAAAGGUCCGGGACAAAAGCUGCAGGAAUGUCCAAAGUCAGUGUUGAGGCUAAGUCCAGGAAGGCUCCAGCCCAGGACAUGCAAGUGGGUUCAUCUAUGGAGGCUGAGAAUACUGAGGACUUUCGAAGCGAGAGCAAGGAGGAUGCUCACAGCUUUGAUUGUACUGACUAUGUACUGAACAAUGAUGAAGUUCCUCAUGAUGACAGAGCUGAAAACAACAGUGAUGUUCAAAAUGACAACUAUAAUGCUGACGACAGCGAUGGCGCUCAAAAGGAUAAUGUUCAGAGCGACAAUGAAAUUACGCAAAACAGUGUGAAUGCUGAGCAUGAUGAUGAUGAUGAUGAUGAUCCAAACACUAGUGUCAAUGCACAUUCUGACAAUGCCGGUGCUAAAAGGGAAAAUUGCCAUACAGUGACUACUGAUAAUGAUACACCAAAGGAACAAAAGAAAAAUGAAGAUACUCAUACAAAGGACAGCACUAUGGAUGAGGAGGUCCACAGGAGCCCUGCGGCAGAGAUAUCGGUCACCAGCAAUGGAGACUUGGAGGAGAACCACGAGGAUGUGUUCAGGGACCCUUCUUACGGUGACCUGAACCUGUCAGAAAGCCACAUCAGCUCCGGCAACUUUGCCUCGAUGACAGAGGGCAUCAUUGAAUCAGGACCAUACAAAGUGUCGGCAAGCCAGCCCACGUCUCCCGUGGCACCUGUAGCUCCCAGCUCGGCCGUGGCUAGCCGCCUGGCGCGACCCAUCAGCGAUAGUCAGACUGAGAUACAGAAAGGCACUAUGCAAGGGCAGCCACACAGCGGGCCGGUGGUCCUGGCAGAUGACCAGAAGAACCCGGCCAUGGAGAAACUGGACCUAGUGAGGAAGUGGAGCAUCAACACGUACAAAUGCACCAGGCAGAUCUUGUCGGAGAAGCUGGGCCGCGGCUCACGGACGGUGGACCUGGAGCUGGAGGGGCAGAUCGAAGUGCUGCGCGACAACAAGCUCAAGUACGAGCACGUGGUCAAGCUGACCCAGACUCUGGCCAACCAGCUCACCCAGAUGAUGCAGACUCAGCGGCAGCUGGGCGACGCUUUCGCUGACCUCGGCCUCAAGUCGCCGGAGCUCCAUGAGGAGUUUGGCUACAAUGCUGACACUCUCAAACUUUUGUCCAAAAAUGGGGAGAGUCUACUGGGAGCAAUCAACUUCUUCAUUGCCAGUGUGAACACACUGGUGGACAAAACAAUUGAGGACACUAUGAUCAACAUCAAACAGUAUGAAAUUGCCAGGGUUGAGUUCGACGCGUACCGCACAGACCUGGAGGAAUUGAACCUGGGCCUGCGGGAUGCCGCCACGCUGCCCAAGAUAGAACACUCCCAGCAACAGUUCCAGAUCCACCGCGAGAAGUACGAGAAGAUGCGCAACGACGUCUCCGUCAAGCUCAAAUUCCUGGAAGAGAAUAAGGUGAAAGUGUUGCACAACCAGCUGAUCCUCUUCCACAAUGCCAUCGCGGCAUACUAUGCAGGAAACCAGCAGCAGCUGGAUCAGACGCUCAAGCAGUUCCACAUCAAGUUGAAAAUGCCCGGCGGGGAUACACCAUCUUGGCUGGAGGAGCACUAAUCAACCGACCCACCCCUCCCAAAAAAUCCACUGUGGUUUGGUCUGGAGAGGCUCCCGAAUUAUUGUGAAAUAACAGGAAACGCUCUCCGCUCUCUGUCUGCCUCAGUUCCUCACACUUUUCUUCAGGAUUGUAAAAGGUUUUUAGGCAAAGCAACACUAAGACAAAGAAUUAAUUAAAACACAAAAAUAUUUGUCCAUCUCUUGGUUGAUAAACUGUAAGUUCUGUUUUCUACUAUGCUCUUGUUCUUCCUGUACAAGGAAAUCCAUUGACCUUUGUUCUAAUCGUGAAGUGGCAAUCUCUCUUUUUCUCUCGUUCCCUUCUUUUUUACUUGGAACUCUUGCAGUUCUUUUCGAAUCAUUGGAAAUUCACUUUUUGGGGUUGAUUUGACAAAUCUAGUGAGAAGCACGGAGAUGUUAAAUACAUUUUGAAAAGUGUAUGGCCUUUUUACUCCAGCUUAUUAAUGUUGUAGCUCGAUACCGCAGAGACAUUUUGGGACAAAAUGGCCGUCGUCUAUUUGGCUCUGCAUCCAGUUGGAUAAUUUAUCUCCACUUUUUGUAAAAGUCUGGCCACCCAUUGAUGAAGUAACACUAAUGAGAGGCAUCAUUAAAUUGACAUGAUGUAUCAUAAGCUUGAUGUGACACCUGUUAUACCCAGUGUAUGACUGUAGGAAAUGGAUUACCGCCACCUUGGAAUUCGAUACAGUAGAUUAGAUGGUUGGUUUUCACUGUUUGUCAUUGUACUGUAAUGAAUAGCGCCGCUGAGCAUUUUCUAACGCGCGUCAAUGUCAUGUUUACGGUGCUAUUAUGUUGCAGUAAUGAUGUUCAAGUAGUGUUAACCAUUUGUGUUUGUAUUUGACUUUAAUCAUGGGUAUAUGAUGGACAAUAUUAAUUAUUGAAUUGAAAUGUUUUGUAAUUCCAGAGAAAUUGAAGGACCAGCCUUACCACGUGAA